AUGACAUCUCGUAAGCGGAAGAAAAUGGAAGAAAACAUAUGUGACAAUGAUAUACAAACAGAUAUCAGCAGAAUACUCUUGGAGGAUUGUGAUUUAGAUAUAACCAUUCUUCUAAGGAUUCGAAAUUACUUGGAAAACUCAAAGGAUAAAGAAUUAGAAGUUCAAGCAGUGAAAUUAAAAAUUGAACAAGGGUUCAUUAUUCGUUUGCUUUGUCAAUAUGAUGCAAUGGAAUCGGUGAAAGAUAGAGCCAUCUUUGAUAUUCUUUGUUUACUCGAGAGAUCGUAUCAGAUAAGCUUACGACCCUUUUUUCCGAUGGUGUGGGGAAAGCGAGCAAAGGACAAUUACGAAAAAUUGCGCCAACUGGGACAGCUUUUACAUACAAAACUCACUGCGGAUCAGGUUUUGGAUUAUUUAAAUCCAAAAUUGGUAUGGAAUACGUUACUGAAGUCUGAACAAACAACCAGCAUCAAAAUACCUGAGAAGGAUUCUUCAAAUGAGUUGUAUGAUGCCCGUUUCAUACUUAGACUAUUGGCAACCUUGUUAGAUAACCAUGCCAAAAUAAACAGUCGAAAAUUUAUUGAUGUAAAUGGUCUUUCACUUGCAUUUGCAGCAACAAGUUUUAUUAGUCGGAAUGAGCGUUGUGUCGCAUACCUCGUGCUCAGACGGUUUUUACUUCACCUAACAGAAUUGGAUACAGAUUCAUUCCCAGAAAAGUGUCUUUAUAUUUAUCUGUUGCAAAUAUUCAAAAACAGUAUCGAAAAACCAAUUCAACGAUUACCACACGUUGUCGCACAUUUUUUUGCAAGAGUCACGAAAUUGAUUUUGCAUCCCGAAGAUCCAGUCUAUCAACCAGUACUAUCGUUUCUACUGCUUAAGCCAAAUAUUGAUGUUCAAAAUGUUCCUGAAAUUUACAAACUGUUACUGAGUUCAAGUAUAGAGCAUUACAACAAGGAGCGUCAUUGGUGCUUACGCCUGAUAUUGGAUUCACUCAUUGAACCGAAUGAUUACAACAUCUUACAAAAAAGAUAUGGGAUCAAGCUAUUAUUAUCACUAUUUGGCAGUAUCAUUGCUGACCAGGAAACCAGGAAAUACAUUUUGCUGUCAUUUAGGGCUAUUUUGCAACAUCGAUCAUUAGCUAAUGAUUUAUAUGUUCGACAGAAUCUGCAUUCCUGGAUUGUUUUAACUUUGCAAAACUCAAAGAUGACUAGCUGGGAGCGUGUAUUUUUGUGCCAAUUAUUUAUUACGCUUAUUACUCAUAUUAGAGAUAUUUAUUCUGGUAACGUAAAUAGUGAUUCUAUGGAAACUAAUUGGCGUAAAACUAUAGUGUACAAAACAUGUGAAAUGCUUGGAAAUAAAGUGUGUAAUGAGUUAGAAAAAGAAAAUGAUGAUGCGAAAAGUACAUGGUUACUGCAAUUAAGACAACUGUUGUGCAAGGAUAGUUGGAUGCCGUCUAUAGAGUCGUACGAUGUUCAAAAUUGA